AUGGACGAAAAGCGCCAUUUGGCACAACUGACCAAGGAUGGCUUCAAUCUCGGCAUGCCUAUUCUUAUGGAUGGAUUGGAUGAUCGAGUGGACGAUUUGUACGGUGGCAUGCCCGUGAGCUUGUACGUCAUUGACAAAGAUGGCAUUGUUCAAUUUCAGGGGCUGGUAGGUCCUAUUGGAUUCAGUGUGGAAGCAUGGGAGAAGGCGAUUCAAAGGCUUGUCCCAGCAAGUGACCAGUAA